UGACGGGUGGUUAAUUGAAAUCUAGCGUCAAUAUUUCACUCUUGACUUGCCCAUCGGCAUACCGGCCAUGGAACCGUCCACCUUCGACGACCAGAUAUUCGGUGACUUUACGAGCGACACGCUCGGUACGCUGGCGGGCGCAACCAAACCCAUCCAUGCCGGGCCGUCGACGAGCACGGUCGUUGCGGCGUCCGGUCACGGUAAUCUCCAGGUGAUGAUGGGCAUCGGUCAUUCGCCGACGCACGACGGUGGUGGUAACGGUGGCGGCGGCGGUCAUCAACGACUGCCCGAGGUGAACAGCAUCCUCUCGGUGUCGGGUUCGCCGAGCUACAAAACCAUCGACUACACGAACCUCAGCAAGGUGGAGUAUCACCAUCUGGCAAACGGCAAGCUGGACGGUUCGUCCUACUCACCCCCGAACGGCACACAGUCGCACCAGCAGCAGCAGCAGCAGCAGGCAGGCCUCGGCUCACAACCGGUGCCGGGAGGCAACAAGUCGCUCGAAUACGUCAACUGUAAGCUGGAAUAUUACACCGCGCUGCCCAUCGCCCACGAUAAUCUGAAUAAAAUAGAGUUCGUUAAAACCCUAGAUUACAACGGUAAUGGCCGGUUAGACUAUUCCACCUCGUCCUCGUCCUCGCCGAACGGCCCAAAGUCCAUCGAUUAUGGUGCGCCGGUCGGUGGGAUCGGUGCCAAGCUUGACUACGAGACAACGAUCGCCAUGUUUCAGCAUCCGGGACCACCGCAAGGACCGUCGUCCGGCGGUCCACCGGGCAUGGUGGAAGGUUCGAUGCUUGGCAGUGGCCAACCGAACGGUGCCGUUGGUGUGCCGGGUAUGGCGGGCGGUGUUGGUCCGGGCAAAGCGAGGAAAAGCGACGACAUGAAUGGUGCAUCCGGUUCGUCCACACCGACCACCACUACGCCGAUGGACGGUGCAGGAAACGGCAAGAAGAAUGAUAAAAAGAAAUCGGACCCGAACGGAAUCAAGAAGAAGAAAACUAGGACGACCUUCACCGCCUAUCAGCUGGAGGAGCUGGAGCAUGCCUUCGAACGUGCGCCCUAUCCGGAUGUGUUCGCCCGUGAAGAGCUGGCCUUGAAGUUGAACCUUAGCGAGUCCCGCGUCCAAGUGUGGUUCCAGAACCGGCGUGCGAAAUGGCGCAAACGAGAACCGCCCCGGAAGUCGGCCUACCUCGGCAACAACAGCCCGUCGGCCCCGAUGAACGGUCCGAUCGGGUCGUCGUUCAGUCAGUUCCCGCAAACCGCAACCGUAACGCCACCGGGCAGUGUCGACAGCUGGUCCACCUAUCAGGCACCGUACGAGCUCGGGCCGCACAUCAAUCUGCUGUCACCGGCCGUCAGCCCGUACGGGUCGUUCAGCACCCAAUACGGUACUUACAUGCCCGAGAGUCACAUGUUCCCGCCGGUCCGGCAGCACUACGACUACGGCAGCCCAUCGAGACCGGGCGAACCGGGCGAUGGUGAGUCCGGCCAUCAGCAUCAGCACCACAGCCACCAUCAUCAUCAUCAUGCGCAUCACAACCAUCACAACAAGCCCGACCACUACGCACCGACGAUGGAUGAAAAGUUCGAGACGCACUGCUCGGCCGGACUUCCCGACGGUCUCACGAAUGGAAAGUACGUCGACGACACGAAGUACAUCCACGGUGUCGACGUGCAUCACUAUCCGGACGCGGAUCCCAAGUACGGCAGCUGCCACCAGCUGGACGAUCCAUCCAUGAAAGCACACUACGGUCCACCACAACCAUCGCAGCAGCAAGGACAACCGCCACCGUCUUCACAGCAGCAGCAGCAGCAGCAGCAACAGCAACAAUCCCAGCCAGGUCAGUGUCAACCGGUCGGCGUAGACGAUCCCGACUCGCUCGGUAUGGUAAAGGCCGAGGAGAAUGUCACCCACAGCUACGUACUUCCAUCUUUUUUGCCCUGAUUGAGAGCAUCAGAAAGGGUUCGCAAACGUCCUCGCAACCUUCCACCUC